GAUGGAAGAGCAGUAAAUUGUCUUAAUUAGUCUUCAAAGCACUACGCUAAUUUUUUUCAAGUCUGUUUCAAUAGUUGUGCCAAGAAAUGCGUCUUAUACAGCCACUUUGGAUAAGCAAUACGUUGUACUGUAUAUAUAGCAAUUACUGUCAUUAGUUUGAGUUAAAUGUCUGGAUGAUAACUAGUGCCUGUUUAAUACAAAUUGGAAAAGAGCAUAGGUCUUCAUCUUAAGGUGCUGAUUCAAAAGAACUUUCCUAUUUUGAUUCUAGGAAAUUAUGAAUUCUUGUGGACAAAAUGUUGCUAUGCUACAUUGAGAUUCAAACUGAUUUUUGGUUUCUCUGUUUAAAAAAAAAAAGUCCAUAAAAUUCAUUGGUUUUGGUUUUCAGUGUAACUGUAAAUAUGUGAAACUGUAUUUGUCUUUGUGUUUGAAGCUAAAUUUGGUGUGGUGGUAGUGAAGGAUGAGAGGGAGGGAGAGGAUACGCAACAAGAUGCCAGUGUUCCUUGGCUGAAGCCCACUGCACAUCAUUGAGUGGUGUGGAUUUCUGCCUGGGUAAGGUGUUUGAAAUAAGUGAAAAUUAAUGGGAUCAGCAUCAGCCUCACUGAAUAAACGCAAUAAAAGGCUAACUGACAACACUAUUAUUCUGUUCCUCACUGAUUACAGGGUUUUUUGUUGUUGUAAAUUUGAGCACAUGCAUUAUGUAAUUUGUAAAAUGAAGUAUUAGUGGAGACCUUGCUACAACACUAUUGAAAAUCUUCCCUUUUUGUGAGAUAGGAGGUUUAGAGAAUAGUGAGAUUCUUUUGUGUAUUGAAUCUUAGUUCUGUUCCUAAUGGUGGAAGUGCUGACAUGUAUCUCACUGUGAUCUGGUACUUCGGUAUUUGCAUAAACCGGCAGUCCUGUAUGUUCUUUUGGCAAACUGUAAAUAUAAAUGUUUCAUAUUAGCAUAGCUGAAUUUUUGAGGUACAGACAUUUGUGUGGGAUUAGAGAACUUUAUUUCUAAGAACUUGUAAAAAAAAAAAAAAUAUUUUCAAUAAAAUUCCCUACCUCACCUCUAUUGUGCAGAAAUUAUCCCAUUUCCUAUGUUCAGUUUUCCGACUUCAUUUGUAGAUGCAAAUAUCUUUUUUGUUAUUAGCAAAAAUAGUAUUUUCCAUUAAAUCAAUCAAAUAGUGAACUACUUUAAAUUUGAAGCAUAAUUUAUUUCCUUUGUUUCCUUCACUGUAUGGUGCUCAGGUUUAGGAACACAUGGUAAAUAGUAUUUGCACACAACAGAGGCAAAUUCUGCAAGUUUUUAUUGCAUCUGGAGCGAUGCAUAUAUCUGUUCCCUAACUCUGCCUGUGUGAAUUUAAUUGUAAAGGGAUUGGCCAUGGUUGAUACCGCUUUGGUUUUUUUUGGUACCUUCAUGGCUGGGGAGAGGAAAGUGAAAGGGGAGGAGGGGAGUGACAGGAACCUUCUCUUUGUAAAACCAUGGGUGGAAAGGUUCCUAGUCCCCUUUGUGUAAAGGGGAUUUGAAGAAACAAUGUGUUUGCUUUCUUUAAUCGCAGUUGUAAAUACACAUUCUGAGAUCUAAAAAUAGAAAAAGUCUAAAAGAUUUCCAAGUUACUCUAAGAUGAGCUAGCCAAUUAAUCCAUCCUUUCUCUGAAAUAUUUAACUCCUUAUGCUUUGGGGGGCUGGAGGGGAGAGCGAGAAGUUCUCCCUCAUGUUGCUGCAGGGAAUGACAUUCCUGAAGAAGGAAUAGCCUGCAGACCUGGAUAGAGUGAACUUAAAUCAAUAAUCUUUACUCUUAAAAGUCAGAGGUACUUGGUUUUUGUUCCUUUAUGUUCCCCCACUCAGAUUGAACCAAUUUUCUUGCCAUAGUUCAGAGGCUGUUUUGGCAAUACCUGUAAACCUCACUUUCUGAAGCUGCCUCAUGGCAUGGGUCCCUUUGGGAAAUAGGGCAGAAAAGAUUGGUCUGCUCUGGGGGUUGGAAUCAUUUCCUCAGGAGAGAUUUUGAUCUUUUUAGUUUGUAUGCAAGAACUGGACUUGAGAUAGGGUUGUAGCAAAUAGCACCAGUUCCUGCUGAACUCUGUGAGAAAGGCGUGCAAGAUGAUUAUAUAUAGUUUUGAGCCCAAAUCUUAAAGAUCGUGGGUUUUCUGGGCUUGAUGUCUGUGUCCUUCAGAAAAAGAUCAGUGCAUGUAUUUUGAGAGGAAUAUUUUAAUGUCAUUGGUGUCUGUAGUUUCAAGGCCAGUGCAGAAUAGUUGGGUUGGCAAGUCUUAAAGCUAACGUUUUCCUGAGUGACAGCUCAGAGCUUUAAGUGUUAUUAAUAGAAUAAAUAUUAGGUAUCCUCUAAAAAGGUAAAGGGACGUGCUUUCACACGCUGGAAUUUUAACUCCAAACCUUGAGGAAUCUUGGUGUUACAGUGUAGCUGUACCUGCUCCCUGGUAGCUUGCAUGCUUUUAUAAUGCAUUCUUCACUGUUCUUUUGCUUCUGGCCCACAGUUUUAGGAAUAAAUACUGUGCUAUAAAUAAAAGAAAAAACUGAAGGCUUGCCUUCCUUAAAUACAAUAAAUCAUAAGGCAAGUGUCCCUUUUCUGAGUCAGUCAUCAUAUAUUUAAGAAAAAAUAAAAAGAUUUAAGGUUUUUCAACAGUUUAUCUGAACUAUCUGGAUUCUGAUGUGAAAAAUCUGUCAUCUCCUUAUGUCAGAAAUAUGCAGUUGUCAGACUUGUCUGUAGAAUGUUCUACUAUGCCAGACCCAGCUGAGCUGCCCGAGAUGCCCCAAAUCAACAUGACUGUUUAGCUGUGCUGAACACGUGGCUGGUAUGCAGUUGCAUAUCCUUGGGUCUCAAACAUGCUUAAGCUUAAAGAAUCUUUGUUGCAAGCACUGGCAUUGGACAAUGAUCUCUCUCUCUAAAUCCAGUUAAGCAAAAGCAAAAAUUCACUUUCAUAUUCUGGUAAAAUUCUCAGGUUCAGGUUUAAAAACUGUAAUGCUUAUUAAAAAAAUGGAAAUUAAUUAGCUGAACUAAACAUUACAUUCAAACCCUAAACAACAAUUACUAACAUGAAUAGCAGGGACUUUAGCAGAGGAUGUUAGUUUUGCAUAUAGGAUGUGCGUAAGGAGGAAGGUUCAUAGCUCUGAACGUUUAUAAUUAAUUGCAUGUCUUAAAGCAUUCCCACUUUUUCCCUGUUCCCAGUAUCAUUUCAUGUUAAACAAAAACUCAUGUUUACGUUGCAGCCUUUUUGGAGACAUUACCUUAAUCUUAGAAGAAUUGAUAUACUUUAUGGACGUAAUUAUGUACAUCCUACUUGAGUUCAUGUGCCAGGGCUUCUACCUUUAUUCAGCAAGGUACUUCAAUGUGAAGAUGCUCAAGUUACCAUGGAUUUUGACAGGAGGACCAGCCGGUAUUCCUCAAAAUGGGACUGAUAACUGUUUAAACUUGGAAGAUUUCUGUAAUGCUAAGAUUUCUCUUUAUACUGGCAUGAUGUUCUGUUACUGUAAUGUGACAUCAUACCUACAGAAACUAUUAAUAAAGAAUUUUGCUAGAA